AUGUCCUCCCCCAACGACGUUCAGGAGCGUAGCAGCCCCGUCUCCCCGUCGAAAGCAGGAUCUUCUUUGACGUCCCUCUUCAUUCUCCAUGCAUUGACUCGUCUCCUCACAUUUGCUCUCAACCAGCUGCUUCUCCGCACGACCACUCCAAUCGCGUUUGGGGUGACAGCAAUCCAGUUCGAGUUGGUCUUCGGAAGCGUGAUGUUGUUGCUGAGAGAGGGAGUGCGGGGCGUGGUUGUCAGAGUUGGUGUAGGGUUGAUCGGCCAUGGGCCCAAUAACGCGAGGGGAACAUCGCAACGUUCUCAGGAAAUCCAGUCCUUGACGAAUCUGACACAUCUCCCCCUCCUUGCUGGUGCACCCAUCUUGGUUGUCGUUUCAAUCAUCUAUGCUAGUUUCCUCGCAUCCCCCGAAACAGCCUCUCAACCUCAUUUUAUCGAAGCUGUCGUUCUGUACUCGUUGGCGGGUCUGCUGGAGCUGGGGUGCGAACCAGCGUACGGAUUAGCGACAUCGACGUUUCGAACGGACAUACGUGUCCGCGCAGAAGGACUUGGUGUAACGUUGAAAUCCGUGACAACCUUCCUUAUACUCUACUUCUCGCACCACUCUCAUCUCGCAAGCGAUACGCAUGAAUAUGCUCUAUUGGCAUAUGCAUUUGGACAAUUAGCGUACAGUAUCACGCUCGCACUUUCAUACAUGGCUGCGUUCAAGAAGGAGAGGUCGUUAAUGAGCUUGAUGCCGACCUACUUCAUCCCUCAUAUGCUCAACCUCGUGCUCACCAUCAACGCGCAAGCUCUCCUGAAGCACAUACUGACGGAGUCCGAUAAAUUGGUCCUGUCGUACUUCAGCUUGUCUUUGGCUGCUCAAGGAGGGUAUGCAAUUGCCGCCAAUUACGGCUCACUCGUCGCACGGCUCGUCCUCCAGCCCAUCGAAGAAUCCUUACGACUGUUCUUUUCUGGCAUCCUAGCGCCUCCUCCUCCUAGUUCAUCAAGUCCAUCUCCUGCUGGUCCCUCUUCCCCAUCUCGCUCGUUGCCAUCUCUACUGCAUGCCCACGCGUCGCUCGCCAUUCUACUGAAAUCACAGCUAUCGCUAUCGCUCAUUCUGGUUACCUUUGCCCCCAUCUAUCUACCCUACGCCCUCCCUCUCCUCCUUCCACCAGCAUUUCUUCAGGGAACCAACGCUGCGGAACUUCUGCAGGUCUGGGUGUGGUGUCUACCUGUCCUGAGUCUGAAUGGAGGCCUCGAGGCAUUUGUCGCCGUCACUGCGGAGACGGGUGAUCUAGCGAGACAGAGCUUCUUCAUGUUCACUUUCUCGAUUCUCUACUUGUCGUCGGCGCUGGUGUUUUACUCAUAUUUUGAACUAGGUGAUGCCUCUCUCAUCUACGCAAACAUCGUCAACCUCCUCGCUCGGAUAUCGUUCUGUCUCUUCUUUGUCCAAACGUUUUUCCAGGGGCAAUAUCAGGCGAUUGUGUCCCAAGCUGCAGCACCUCCGACACACAAACCCAUUCAGUCCUACCCGUUCACAUUCAAGCCUGGGGAAUGGUUGCCGCAUCCACGAGUAAUAACCACCUGCGUGCUUUCGUACGCUAUACUCUCAUCGAAGGCAUUGGUGCCCCCUCCGAUGACAACGUCGUCGUCCCCGAUGCGAUACCUUCUUUCGAAGGUUAUGAUCAGAUAUAUCGGUGUUGGAGGUGCGCUGGGAUUAGGCUGUUUAUACGUAUGGUGGAUUACAACAGGAAAGCUGUUGAGGACUACCUUUACUAGAUGGGCAACGGCGAAGACAGCCUGA